AUGCUGUCCAACAUUGGUCGCGCAGCUACCAAGAGAAUCGGAGGAUCUCACGGAUCAACAAACCGAUUUCUUGCUACCUUUUGGCAAUUGCAACGCGUUGAAGGUCAACAAAAUGGCGAAUCAGUCUUGAAAGCUUCCUCGGCAUCUUUCCCGGCGCGCCGAUCGUAUGCUACUGCCACCAAAGCUACCCAAACUAAAACUACCACUGCGAAGAAACCAGCUACGAAGAAGGAACCUGCGAAGAAAUCCACUGCUAAGGAACCUGCUGCAAAGAAAACUGCUGCCAAAAAGCCCGUCAAAAAAGCUGCGAAGAAGCCAGCAGCCAAGAAGUUAGCCAAGAAGCCAGCAAAGAAGACUCUCAAGGCUAAGCCGAAGAAAGCCAAAAAGGCAAAGACGCCAUUGACCGAUUCACAAUUGUUGAGAAAGAAGCUGCGGGAAUUGAAGGUUACUGCGUUAAUUUCAGAACAUCCAAAAGAGAAGCCCCAGAGUGCCUAUAGAGUAUUGAAUCUUGAGUUGGCUAUUGGUAGUAAUGAUAUCACUGCGGCAUCGAAGGAGGCGGCCACGAAAUAUAAAUCAGCGUCGACGGCAGACUUGGAGAGACUCAAUCGCAUCGCAAAUGAGAACAAAGCUGCCAAUGCUAUUAUCUACAAGAAUUGGGUUGAAAGUCAUACUCCAGAUGAGAUUCGUCUAGCAAAUCUUGCACGUCUACACAUUCGAAGAUUGACCAACAAAACUUCCUCUCCAAGACUCAUCAAAGAUGAUCGAACGGUGAAGCGACCUGUGAGACCUAUGAUGAUGUUCGUGAGAGAGCGAUUUGAGUCUGGCGAUUUUGCUGGUAUCAAGGUCACCGAGGCCGUGAAACGUAUUGCACAAGAGUUCAGAGAGUUGUCGCCUGCCCAGCUCAAGCCUCUUCAGGAUGCCUCUGCAGCUGAUGACGAGCGAUACAUCCAAGAGUACAAGACAGUUUACAAGCAUGAGCCAGCCAAAGCUCGCGUUGCUAAAGCCGAAGCAUAA